UACGCCUCCCCGGCGAGCGCCACAGAGCCCAGCCAAGCGAGCGCGGCGCGAUGGACGGCCGAGUGCAGCUGAUUAAGGCCCUCCUGGCCCUGCCACUCCGGCCUCAGACGCGUCGGUGGAGGAACCCGAUUCCCUUCCCCGAGACGUUCGACGGCGAUACCGACCGGCUCCCGGAGUUUAUCGUGCAGACGGGCGCCUACAUGUUAGUGGACGAGACCCUGUUCUCCAGCGAUGCCCUGAAGGUGACGUUCCUCAUCACCCGUCUCACGGGGCCGGCCCUGCAGUGGGUGAUCCCCUACAUCAGGAAGAAGAGCCCCCUCCUCAAUGAUUACCGGGGCUUCCUGGCCGAGAUGAAGCGGGUCUUUGGAUGGGUGGAGGACGAGGACUUCUAGGCCGGGAGACCCUCGGGCUGGGGGCGGGUGGCCGGGGAUGGUCCCUUGCGCCAGUGGCCGCCGCCCAGAUCGCUACAGGCGUCCUCCCGCCCCGCCUCCCCCUCUCUUACCUUCGAGUCGCCGCGAUCUCCCCCGCGCUCCUGUCCCCUCCCGCGUAGUGCUUGCCUUUGUUCCAGGAAUAGCGCUCCAGGUUCCCGCUGCUGCCGCUGGGCCUCGCUCUGGAGCGCGCUGCCGCCCUCUCUGGCCUGCCCGGCCCCUCCCGUGCACACUUGGCUCUGCCUGCGCUCCAGCUGCAAGCUGGGCUCUGGUUACACACUGGACAGACCACUCACAGUCCGCCCCC